AUGUCGACUGAAAACAAGAAGGAACUGAAGAAGUCCCACAAGAGUGGUGAUGAUAGUGAUUCGAAAUCGACGACCGCACAGCCGGAUAUCGAAGAUUACCAGGAUCCUGGCCGUGCCGAACAUCAUGUCACAACCCCUGGUUCCGGAGCAGACAUCACUCACGAUCUUUUACAGGUGGGAGCUUCAUUCCCGGAUGAGGAAGUGAACAUCGAUCUUAUUUCGAAGACCAAGUGA